UCCUGUUUUCACCGACUGUCGGCCCGCCUUCAAAAGACAUGAACAGUACAGCACACGCGCCAGUUGCUGUAUCCUCUCCAGUGUAUAAUGUGCUUCAAAGAAACAAUGAAGGACAUACUUGUGCUGCUGGCUCUGCUGACUGUCCGAACUAACAAGGUGUGCUCUCAGCCCUAUGAGGCCGACUCAGAUGGAAAAUGUCGCAACCCAACAGCAGAGUACCUGUUAGAUGACUCUGACCUUUGCUGCAAGAAAUGCCCCCCUGGACACCGGCUGCUACAGAUGUGCUCUGUAAAUGAUGAGACUGUGUGUCAACCGUGUGAUCCAGGCCAAUACAUGCAGACCUGGAACUAUGCUAAAAACUGCCUCCCCUGUAACAAAUGCAAAUUAAGUAAAGGUCUGCAAUAUGCCCUAAACUGCUCCUAUACCACACGGACCAGGUGUAUGUGCCAGCCUGGGAUGUACUGCAUGAUGGAAUCUGAAGACCAUUGUACAGAAUGUAGAAAGUACACCCGAUGCAAACCUGGUCAUGGGGUGAGGGUGCCAGGGACGGCAAAAUCCGAUGUGAGGUGUGAACAGUGCCCUGAUGGAAUGUUCUCUGACACACACUCCUCCACGGACCCCUGUCGGCCUCACACAAACUGUCAUGGGGCGGCUGUUAGAAAAGCCAACGCCACCUCAGACACUGUGUGUGAACGGGAGGUUGUUACCGCCACGCUGCUUCAAGACACAACCAAAGAGCAUCGCAAUGGCAUCGUGUCUACAAAUGCAAAAACAAUCAGGAGCACAGUCUUCACAAUCUCAGACUCCACAUUGUCUGUCAGGCCAUCUGUUACAAAGGAAGUGUUCAACCAUUCAACAGAAAACCUACUACCACACAAAGUACCUGACAUUAAACUGGCUGCUGCCAUUGCUGGAGCCGUUGGAUUCCUUUUGCUUUUCAUCAUUAUCAUUCUGGGAUUCCUUUUUAAACUAGUCCGGAAGAAAGAUGCUGCAAGAUUUCAUCCUAAACUAGAUGCAAAUGGAAACUGUGAGAGUGUUGAUGAACAGAUUAUUUCUACAGCGGGUUAUUUGGAGGAAACGCUGCUGACUGCAUUCACAGUUAACUCGCCAGAACAACAGUGUUUGUUGGAGGGAGCGGGAUCCUGCAGUGACUACAGUCAGCCGAGCAGCAACACUGAAACUUUAACCAGAACAGAUGACUGCAACGGCCACGAGUCCGUAGGCCCUUUGCAAUCCACCCUAGCCUUAAACAAUCCAAACUCCUGUCCUUUUCUGUCGGAGCCCAUGACGUUAAUUUCCAAUGCAGGGCCUGUCACACCUCAGCCCAGUGGCCCCUCACAGUCGUCCUCUCAGUCUAGCAGCCCGCAGAUCAUCAGCCCCAUGACCACCAGUCCCCAUGUGAACGUCAACAUCACUUUCCACAUAGGGAACGGGUCUUGCGGGACACCACCUGUCAUGCCCAUGGAAUCAAACAAUCACCUCCCCUUUGGAGAGGAAGAGCAGUCCAUCAGCAUCCCACAGCAAGAAGAUGGCAAACAUUCGCUUAGGUCAGUGCAAGACAGUGAAAGUUACAGUGUAUGAGGAGUCAUCAGCAUGAAAGACUGAUUCAUCAAUUAGUUUUUUUUUCUGUUAUAAUGCAACAUUUAAAACAAUCUGACCGGCUAAAAACAUUUAUGUUGGCAUGUUUUUAUCGGGGCAAGACAAAGUGUUUCCAAUAUCAAAAUCGUACCGCUGUCACUGUGUAUGUAUAUAUGUAAAUACAGAAUACUGUAAAUAAAGUAUGUAUGUAAACACAUGUCAAAAAGGAAGAGUGUUUUUCUAUUUUCUGUCCUGGUUUCUCAAUGGUGGAACCAGCUCCCCAUUGACAUCAGGACAGAAAAAUUCUAAAUGAGCACUUUAAGCUGUUUUUGCCUGUUCGAUAAAUGUUUAUGUACUUUAUUGAUUAUUGCACUUUUGGGUUAUAUCUUCAUGAUUAAAUGCACUUAUUGUUAGUCGCUUUGGACAAAAGCGUCUGCUAAAUGAAUGUAAUGUAAUGUAAUACAACUUAUCUUUUAUAAAACACAUCCCAGAUACAUUAUGUUGCAAAAUGUUGUAAGCUCUGUACUUAAUUCAGAAUUCUCAAAGAAAAAUUCUUUUUUGUGUGAAUAAUACUGCUUACUUUCAUUUUUAUACUUAUUAAUUUUGACUGAAAGUCAGUGGUGGAAGAAAGAUUUUGUUUUUUAUUGAGUAAAAAUGUAAAAGAAUAUUGUAUUACAGGUCAUGCACUUCUACGUUUACUUAAAAAGUACAGAGUUGUAGCAUGACUGAAGUUUUAAUAAUAAAAAUGCAUUGUUAA